GGCAGCCCAGAAAAAAGUCACCAAGCAAAACUUUCUUGCCUGUUCAGACCAGGAAAUACCAGAGUGGGUGCCAUGACAGGGUGUGGCCCAGGGGCCUAAGGGGCCUUGGAGAGGGUAGGGGAUGUCCCAAUGACCCUGCCCGAGAGCAACCUGGCUUGGACAGAGGCCAUGAAUGCAGGGGAGAAAGCAGGUCUGGCUGCUGGUUAGAUCGACACGGGGACGGGCAGCUGACUCACCUGGGCACGCUGAGACUAGCCAGUUCUGUCCUCACCCACCCCACAGAGAGCACCAAGGCUGCCUGAAGAGGCCCUGAGGGCAGUGCCCUGGCCAUGUGCAGCCCAGAGGAGGAGGCCCUGCGGCGGCUGGAGGAGGUCUUCUCAGCUACCCUCGCCCGCAUCAACAGCCUUGUCCUCCAACCCCUGCUCGAAACCACCCCAGAACCCUCGGACCCCCAGAUCAGGGAGUGCCUGCGGCUCGUGCAGCAGCUGCACCAGAGCUCCCAGCAGCUCUGGGAGGUGACGGAGGAGAGCCUGCACUCGCUACGGGAGCGGCUGGGCCACCAGGACACCGUGGGUCUGGAGUCCCUGCUGUUGCUACGUGAUGCUGACCGUGUCCUGCAGGUCCACGUGGAGUACAUCGAGUCCUACGCUAGCUGCGUGGCGGUGCAGGCCUUUCCGAAGGCAGCAAAGAAGAGGAGGGAGUUCUGGCGGGGCCAGCGCAAGGCCCUGGGGCAGCUCCUGUCGGGCGUGAGCUCCGAGGCCUCGGUGGGCACCGCACUGACCCAGGCCCUCCGCCAGCCGCUGGCCCAUCAUGUGCAGCAGUAUGUGCUCCUCCUGCUGAGCCUCGGGGACAGCGUCACGGAGCCUCACCCCGCUCGGGAGCUGGUGGUGCACGCAGCCACCCUCUUUGGGAACCUGCAGUCCUUCAUGAAGCAGGUGCUGGACCAGGCCCUGGCCACGCAGGCUCUCUGGCACUCCCUGAGCAGCCGGCUGAGAGAUGUGCUCUGCACCCCUGUGCGCCGACUCCUGCAGGACAGCCAGGACUUAGCCGUGACGGUCACCCCGCUGCGGGCAGAGCGUGUGUUGCUCUUCAACGAUGCCCUUGUCUUGCUGCAGGGUCACAGUGUCCACACCUUUGAUCUGAAGCUGGUGUGGGUGGAUCCUGGGCAGGACGGGUGCACCUUUCACCUCCUCACACCUGAGGACAAGCUCUCCUUUUGCUCCAAGAACCCUCAGGACCUGAUGGUCUGGCAGUGGAAAGUGACUCAGGCUGUGUGCCAGGCCCUACGUGGGAAGAAGGACUUCCCUGUGCUGGGGGCGGGCCUGGAGCCCUCCGAGCCCCCCGCCUGCCGCUGUGUGGCAUACACCUUCCGUGCUGAGGGCCGGCUCUGUCAGGCCACCUAUGAGGGCGAGUGGUGUCGGGGCAGGCCCCAUGGCAGGGGCACCCUGAGGUGGCCAGAUGGCCGGAAUCACGUGGGGAGCUUUUGCCAAGGCUUGGAGCAUGGCUUUGGCAUCCACCUGGUGCCUCAGGCCUCUGAGGACAAGUUUGACUGUUACAAGUGCCACUGGCGGGAAGGCAGCAUGUGCGGCUACGGCAUCUGUGAGUAUGGCACCGACGAGGUGUAUAAAGGCUACUUCUGGGCAGGCCUGCGGCAUGGAUUUGGGGUCCUCGAGAGCGCCCCGCAGGCCCCACAGCCCUGCAGGUACACGGGCCACUGGGAGAAGGGCCAGCGGAGCGGGUAUGGCAUCGAGGAGGACAGUGACAGGGGGGAGCGCUAUAUCGGCAUGUGGCAGGCUGACCAGCGCCAUGGCCCGGGGGUCAUGGUCACACAGGCUGGUGUCUGCUACCAGGGGACCUUCCAGGCAGACAAGAUGGUGGGCCCUGGGAUCCUCCUCUCUGAAGAUGACUCCUUGUAUGAAGGCACCUUCACCAGGGACCUGACCCUUGUGGGGAAGGGCAAAGUCACCUUCCCCAAUGGCUUCACCCUGGAGGGCUCUUUUGGCAGUGGGGCAGGGAAAGGACUGCAUACCCAGGGUGUGCUGGACACGGCUGCCUUCCCGCCAGAUCCAAGCAGCACCCGAAAGAGGCAGCUAGGUGUGGGUGCCUUCCCCGUGGAGAGCCGCUGGCAGGGAGUCUAUGGCCCCUUCCGGGACUUUGUUAGUGCCGGCUGCCCUGGGGACGAGCAGGAGGCCCUGCUGGGCUUCCACGUGCAGAACUCGAGGGAGCUGCGCAAAUCCCAGGAGUAUCUGUGCUGUGAGAGGACCCAGCCCGAGGCCUGUGCAGGCAGAAUGGAGGACGUCCUGGACGAGCUCUUGCUGCACCGGGAGCCCAGGGCCCUGCGGGAGUGCCUUGGGAAGGCUCUGAGCAGCUCGCUGCACCCCUUGGGCAAGCUGCUGCGGACGCUGAUGCUGACCUUCCAGGCCACAUAUGCAGGCAUCGGGGCCAACAAGCACCUGCAGACGCUGGCCCAGGAGGAGGUGAAGCAGCACGCUCGGGAGCUCUGGGCCGCCUAUAGGGGUCUGCUGCAGGUGGCUUUACGGCGCAAGGGCCAGGCUCCAGAGGAGGACGAGGAUCCGGAGGCAAGGGACCUGCAAGUAUAUGGCCUCGUGCUGCCCCUUAUGCUGCCCAGCUUCUACUCGGAGCUCUUCACUCUCUACCUGCUUCUCCACGAGUCGGAGGACAGUCUCUACAGCCAGGGUAUUGCCAACCUGAGCCUCUUCCCUGACACAAAGCUGCUUGAGUUUCUGGAUGUGCAGAAGCACCUGUGGCCCCUCAAGGACCUCAGGCUGACAACCAAUCAGAGACUUUCCCUGGUCAGGGACAAGUGCUUCCUGUCAGCCACUGAGUGUCUGCAGAAGAUCAUCACUACGGUGGAUCCCCGGGAGAAGCUGGAGGUGCUGGAGAAGACAUAUGGGGAGAUUGAGGCCACCGUGUCGCGUGUGCUGGGCCAGGAGUACAAGCUGCCCAUGGACGACCUGUUGCCGCUGCUUAUCUAUGUGGUGUCACGUGCCCGAAUCCAGCACCUGGGAGCCGAGAUCCACCUGAUUCGUGACAUGAUGGACCCCAUCCACACAGGAGGCUUGUAUGACUUCUUGCUCACAGCCCUGGAGUCCUGUUACGAGCAUAUCCAGAAGGAAGACAUGAGGCUGCACCGCUUUCCUGGCCGCUGGGACUCCAAGGAGCUCUGGUAGCUGGGCCGGCCUGGGCCCACUGCAGAGCGGAGAAGGGCCACCGCGGACAUCCCUGGGGAGCA